UGCCAGAGCCGUGGAGGAGGAGACUGGCAAACCAGGCUGGCUGCGCUCUGGGCAUGGGGACCCCACGGGCGCCCUGGCCACUCGUCUGGGCCGUGCUGCAGCUGGGCUGGUGGCCAGGACGGCUCCUAGACUCUCCUGACAGGCCCUGGAGCCCCCUCACCUUCUCCCCGGCACAGCUCACUGUGCAAGAGGGCGACAACGCCACCUUCACCUGCAGCCUCUCCAGCGUCCCCAAGAGCUUUGUGCUCAACUGGUACCGCAUGAGCCCCCGCAACCAGACAGACAAGCUGGUCGCCUUCCAGGAGGACCACGUCCAGCCUGGCCCGGACAGACGCUUCCACAUCACGAGGCUGCCCAGCGGCCGGGAUUUCCACCUGAGCAUCGCAGCUGCCAGGCCUAAUGACAGCGGCACCUACCUGUGCGGGGCCAUCUACCUGCCCCCCAACACACAGAUCAAUGAGAGCCCCCGUGCAGAGCUCACCGUGAAGGAAAGAAUCCUGGAUCCCCCCACAGAGAGCCCCAGCCCCCCACCCAGACACCCUGGCCAGUUACAGGGGUUGGUCAUUGGCAUCACAGGUGUGCUGGUAGGGAUCCUACUCCUGCUGCUGCUGACCUGGGUCCUGGCCACUGCUUUCCCCAGGGCCACUCGAGGUACCUGUGCCUGUGGGAACGAGGACGAGCCCCUGAAGGAGGGACCCUGUGCAGUGCCUGUGUUCACCGUAGACUAUGGGGAGCUGGACUUCCAGUGGCGAGAGAAGACGCCGGAGCCCCCCGCUCCCUGCAUCCCUGAACAGACAGAGUAUGCCACAAUUGUCUUCCCCAGCAUGCCGGGAUCCCCGGGCCGCAGGGCCUCAGCCAAUAGCCCUCAGGAACCCCAGCCUCUGAGCCCCGAACACGGACCCUGCCCCUGGCCCCUCUGA